GAAAUACUACGUCACACUCACAUGUGGAGCCUCAGCUGUAGCCAGACAUCAUAAAAACGUUUAAGGUUUUUUGGUUUAAAUCGAUCAUUCCUAGAUAUCUUGUAGGAAACAAAAUUAGACAUGGCCUCAAGUUGUCGAAGACCCGAGCAUAUGGCUCCGCCUGAAAUUUUCUAUAACGAAGAGGAGGCCAAGAAAUAUUCUCAGAAUUCUCGGAUGAUUGAGAUCCAGAGCCAGAUGUCUGAGAGAGCUGUGGAGCUGCUGAACCUGCCUGAGGACCAGCCCUGUUUCCUACUGAAUGUGUCUUUUAUAACUUGUCCCAUCAGGUGUGGCUCCGGGCUAAGUGGGGACUACCUGUCAGAGGAGGGACAUUGCUGGGUUGGAGUGGACAUCAGCACAGCCAUGUUGGAUGUAGCGCUGGAUCGGGAGGUGGAGGGAGACCUUGUGUUGGGGGAUAUGGGGGAGGGAUUGCCCUUCAGGCCUGGGACCUUUGAUGGCUGCAUCAGUAUUUCUGCUCUCCAGUGGCUCUGCAAUGCUGACAAAAAGACUCACAGCCCCCCCAAGAGGCUCUACACCUUCUUCAGUACACUCUACUCCUCCCUGUCGAGAGGAGCCCGUGCAGUGUUUCAGCUUUACCCAGAGAACUCUGAGCAGCUGGAACUGAUUACAUCCCAGGCCAUGAAGGCAGGUUUCAGUGGAGGCAUGGUGGUGGACUAUCCUAACAGCACCAAGGCCAAAAAGUUCUUCCUUUGUCUGUUCGCUGGGUUUUCAGGAACCCUUCCCAAGGGGCUAGUGUCAGAGACAGUGGACAGGGACGUCCCAAAUCAAGUCCAAUUCACAGGACAGAGGUAAAGAAAUAACAUCCUC